GGAGAGGGUAAGGUAGGGUAGGAGAGGGUAAGGUCGGGUAGGAGAGAGGGAACCCAUAAUACAGGAAAGUGUGAUUAAAAAAGGGUGUGAACAGACAUACAGACAACACCGGGAUCAUUAUAGGUAAAAUGUCAAGUCAAGGAUACUGGAGGAAACUAGAAGAUGCAACGGUUUAAGGAGAGCCAAACAGUAGUCGGCUGCUUACCGCCAGGAAUUCAAUAUGAACGCCAAAAUGGUGAGCUCCCUUUUUAAGAUUGACGGAGACAGUAACAAACAGAAAACGCUCAACACUAUCCGUGUCAUGAAGGGAGCAAUCAGUGUAUCUAAAAGUAAGACGGGAGAAGUCAUUUAUCGGAGCAAUAAGCUUGAAAAUGAAGGUCUUCAACGUCAAAUCAAAAGAUUUGAAAAAGCGCGUCUCCAUCUUAAUAGUACAUACGACUCCAAAAAGAGGACAACCCUCAGGCGAUGGGCUUUAGUGUUCGAAAAACAAAAAUCUAUGAAUGAAUCUAUUAGGGAAUUCGACAUGCUUCUUACGCAAGCCAUAGAUGAUGUAGACGCCGGUGGUCGGAAAGGGUCAGGCGCCAGUAUUAAAGGAAACAAUAUCGAACAGAACACGAAGGAAGAAAAAACAGAAGAGGAGGAAGAGGAAACUAAAGAGAGACAGAAAACGGACGAAGAACAGGCCGCUGAGUUGAUGAGUCGUCGUGGAAUUACACGAAUUCGGCUACAGCCGAUAGGUGUUGGUAAAAACUCUCAGAUCAAGGUCAAAACACCGGAACCGGAAACACCGGUCAUAGAGGAGGAGUUGUGGCCCCUAGCGGAUACCACGUGGGUAAAUAAUUAUAUCCGUGAACAGAAGGUGAAACAUGAGUCACUUAUCACAAAAAACAUUUUGAAAAAAAUUCGCGAAGGACUUACGUCAAAGAACCCAUUGUUCAGAUUUCGACUUCGUGCUAAUUUCGCUGACGACCCCAAUGUUAGUAUCGAAAUAAUAAAAUCUGCACGAGCUGCUCCACAAACGGCAAGGUCAAUAAAAACUGCACCAUCUAUGCCGACAUUACCGGUCAGAAAGGACAUCAUUAAGCCGUCCACGACGAUGAACGAAUCGUCACUGAACCAGCUUCCGCCAAUCAACAUGCUCAGACGAUCCAAAACGACUGUGUGAGGCUGGAUUUAGUGUUAACUUGUGGUUUCUCCCAGAAUGCAUUGCGAUGUCUUGACAAGGAAUUAUGGGGGAAAUACGUUCACGUAGGAUGAUAUACGUCAGUGCGCGUGUGUAUGUAUGACGGCAGCGAUAUGGCAAAUCGAGUUUCGUCCUGGUAUAAAACAGACUUCUUACAUCGGAUCUCGAUUUGUGGGAAGCAUACAAGAUACACUCUCCCCAACUUUAGGGAUAAUGAGGAUGGAAUUUAUAUAUUUGCUGUAGACACGUUAGUGUGAAUUCUAUUAAGUCGAUGGAAACUGAACCAUCAUUAGAAUUCAAAUAAUCCAAGAGAUCGAAGGUCUAGCAACAUACGUGAGGAGUAAUCAUGUUGGACAAUCCGCCGGAAGCAGCUACAUCCAACUGGUGUAUCGUGUUCAGUCUGUUUAUUGUUUUUUAUUACACUGCUAUGUUUUAUUAUUAAAUUACUGGUAUGUUUUCUCAUUUUAACCAAUUAUGGACACCAGCCCUCGCCCCUAAUUGAGCAUUUACCUAUGUAAUACAGUUUGUACGAUUGCCAUGUUAUAUCGAUUGCGGGCGAUUCAUUAUCCAUAUAUAAGUUGUAACGCGCAUUUUCAUUGGUUUAUUGAAAAUGGAGCACAUGGUUUGAUGACGUCCCACACAAACGACUUUUAAAAAAAAAAAUACAUUUGUUUUUGUGAUUUUUCAUAGCAUCGUUCGUUGCUAUCUUACAAAGAUAUUGGUUGGAAUUGAGAUUGAAAUAGGCUUUUUAAUUCAGGCAAAAGGGUCUGACUACAUGUAUAGUUAAGUGUACGACACAUUUUGAUAAUCAGAACGUUUUCGUUUGAAUCAUAAAUGUAUUUAAUUUGGUGCGGUUAUUGGCGAUACUACAAAUUGUAAUCUAUCGUUAAAACAAGUAAUGAACGCAGCUAAUAAAAUGGAGAAUGUAAUAAUGUUGCUUCUGGGAAAUACGGUUUUGUUAAUUGAACAAAAAUAUUGAUGUACAGAAACUUUAUUUAAAUGUGUUAAUAUAAAUUAUGUCCGACUUGUUGAUGUGGGUUUAGUCUUUCAGGGUGUUCAGUUAUAUUGGUAUGUCUGAUGGUCCAUUAAAUCGUAUAUUCUAAAUAG